UAUAACUAUAUAACGGGGAACUCGUUACUCACUCAAACUACACUUCUAUUGUCUGGAGAGAAGGAGACUCAACUUAAAAAAGCAACAAAGAUGUUCUACACAGUUGUUCUUCUGUUUGGAGCCUUUGCUUUAUCUGCAAUGGCGGAUUAUGCCCAGGAAACCCUUGAGGCCCACAACACCUAUCGUAAGAUCCACGAUGCCCAACCGUUGUCUCUUAGCAACGAUCUCAGCUCGUCCGCUGCCCGUUACGCCCGUAAGCUGGCCGGAAUGGGAUAUCUGAAGCACUCACCAAGAAAUUCCCGCCCUGGGGUCGGAGAAAAUCUGAUCUACCGUUGUUCAUCAAGGGGUGAUCCACUUCCUCCCUCACAAGCCGUCAAAGAAUUAUACGACGAAAUCUGUGUAUACGAUUUCCGUAGACCUGGCUACGCUAUGGCAACUGGGCAUUUCACACAACUUGUGUGGAAAGGAUCGAGUGAGCUUGGAGUUGGAACAGCUACAUCCAGAAAGAGAGGGAUGAACUGUCUUUGGGUUGUGUUUCGUUACAGGAAGGGUGGUAAUAUCACGAACAGAGGUUAUUUUGAAGCUAAUGUCGUGAAAGGAUCUUUUGAUAGAAGGUACUGCAACCGGGAUGAAGAGAUAAGGAAAGACGAACCAGAGUUUACUGAACUUGAAAGCGGCGAUGAUGAAGAACGACCUUGAACGCUACGACUUGGACCGGAGCAAGCAUAUGAGCUUGUAGUAGAUAUUUUUAUAUCUAGUACAGGCUUUCAUUAAGGAAAAAGGAAUUAAAAGCUGCUUUUAGUAAUCUUAUAAAAUUAGUUAGGCAAAUGGAAAAAUAAAGCAUCUAAAAGAUAUAAA